AGUGCGCGGCGGCUCUUCUCGCAGUGCGGGCCGUGGAGCAGUGCGCGGUCGUCGCUGCGCUCGCUGUGAGGAACUGAAGGGAGCGCUUCGCUAGCAGGGCCCGGCCACGAUCCCCUGCGGCCCCGUCUGCGCUAGUCCUCGUUUUGUUUCUUUCUGACACGUCUGAAGAAGUCCUUUCGGUCGUCCUUUAUGCGCCUUGCAAGAUUAAAUUCCAGUCAGCCGCCAUGAGAGUCCUAUCCACGGGGAUAUGUGCGUUCUGCACCCCCCGGGCUGUUGGGGGCACAGCUCCGUGCACAGCGUGCUAUAGUGGAGAGAAGGACUGCACGUCCUUCCUUCGUGGCACCUGUGCUGCUCAUGGCGGCUGCGAUUCCUCCCAGGAGCAAAGGGGCGGCGCUGAUCUCUGCUCCAUGGGGACAGCGGCAGGGCCGAGGGACGGCACGGAGCUGUGUCAGGGGAGGCUCGGGCUGGAUAGCAGGGAACGGUUCUCUGCACAGCUCGUGCCGUGCUGAGCGCAGCAUCCCGGCCAGCCUCCAUCCCAGCUGGAAGGAGGGGAUGAAGGUGCCACGCCGCCACGGCUUUGGGGUCAGAGCACACUCACCCCGUGUUGUUUGAGUAGUCCCGUCCCAGCGAGCACAGGCACAGGCUGGCAUCGCAGGAGUUGUGCCGCUGGUAGAGCUCAUUGAAGGCUCCUUCUUCCUCCCAGGCUGCAUCCCUGCGGGAGGGAUCCGGGGACAGCUGAGUGCGGUGCGAGGGGAGGUGGGAGGGGGCCGGGUGGUUGCAGGGUGGUGGUGGGUGCUGACCUGUCAGGGAUUUUGAUGCCAAGACGGAACAUCUCAGCCUGGAAGGUCUGCAUGUCCUGGCAGAGCGGGCAGCGGAAGUGGACAGAGCAGCAAGAGGCGUUUGCUCUACGGAACUGAAGAAAGUGCCCCUCAGGGACACAGUUCCACGUGUUAAAACUGGAACGGGUGCUGUGUUAAAAGCUACUUCUGCUGCAGCAAAUCUGACCGCAGAGUGCUCAGAGCUAUUGAGCGAUGGUGAUGUUUUUUUCUCUCUUUGUGACUGUUUUGAGGCAGCAGAGAUCUGUGAGAGGCACACGUUCACAUGCAAUGCAUGGAGUCCCAAUCAGACACUCAACUUGAAGAAAAAAUUGAUUCUGUCUCUCUCAGAUCUUCAUGGGACAUCUCAUCAGAGAAGAGCACCCCUCGCUUCACUGCCAUGCAUCAUUCAUGUUGGUGCCUUUGGGUAGCACGUGCAUUUGUGAUCAGUUACACUCAAGGAUGUGGCAAGGUUGCAGAGUGCUGAUCUGAGAAAUGGCAACUGAAGACAGGAGCAAAGAAGGCAUGCAGUAACUCUGCCUUCUCCAAAUGCUUCAUUAGCACGGCCCGACCACAUUCCCCAGCGGGCCUGUGUCUUUGCUCGUUUUCUUUCUGGGGCCCCCAGUGUGGUGGGGACAUGUGGCUGCUGCCAUCCACACCCAGCACCCCAUUGCCCCAAUGGUGCUUUUCUCCCUGCAGCGUGGUCACCAAGAAGGAGGAGAUAUGAGCAGACCUGGAGCAGUUCUGAGUGCAGGCGCUGCUGGAGCUCUUCCAGAACGUGUCUCACAACGGUCUAAGCCCAGCUCACGUUCCCUGUUAGUGGGUGAACAAUCAAACGUUUGGUGAAUUCUGCUUAUCACUGAUAGGAAGAGCCGACAUCAAAGGAUCAGAAAGCAACAUCAUUAUGAAUGCUUGGCUGCCACAAGCCAGUUAUCCAUGUGGUAACUUUUCUGAUACCUCCUUCCAGAACAGCAAAGCUGCUCUUCCACUGCUGCGAAGGAAGUGAAAACACGGAGAUGAUGCACAGCACAUCAGAAUGCUUGUUGAGGAGUCGGGUGCUCUGAUGCCUAAGUAAACCUCUUGCACAAGGAAACUAGGAUUGGGUGGUUUAUUUGCAACACCGUCUUCAGUCCACAUCCGUCCAUGAUUUGUGAGUUGGUGUGCGUCCAACUCCCUGUUGGAGUUCAAUGCCACCCAGCACGGCCCAGGGGGCAGAUGUGGGCAUCCCAAACCCACCCCUCAGGGCCCCCAGCGCCCCGCGAGCGCUCACAUCCCCGCCCCGGGGCUCUGCUCAUUGUGACAUCGGCACCGCGUCACCAACACGCGCCUUCUCACUGUGACAUCACAGUGUGCAGGGCUGCCUCACACAGCGCACGCCCGUGUCCCCCCAUUCCCGGCUAGCUCUGGAUCGAGGAAGCAGCACCGCUGCUUUGCUCCAGAAGUAAAGCCCAGGAAUGGAGCUGAGGUCUCGACGCCUCAGUGCGCCACAGGCCAAUCCUUCUACCCACCGCCCUGCAGCACGGCGCAGGGCACGGGCAAUGCCCGAGCGGGAGCCGUCCCCUCCAAAAAAGAAGCAGCGCGUCUCUGAGGAUGAAGGGUGCGGGCUGUGCAAGCGGACAGACUACGACCCCGAUAUCUAUGGAGAGACGUGCCGGCAGGACAGGCUCUGCGUCCAUGAGAACUGCCUGUACCACGCCAGCGGGCUGUACCAGCACGGCGCUGACGAUGAAGGAUUCUUCGGAUUCCUCCUCCCUGACAUCGAGCAGACACUGCAGCGCGUGGCAGAGAAGGUGUGCUGUGUCUGCCGGCGGCGGGGCGCCUCUGUCCGCUGCCAUCGCCGGAGAUGCUCCCGCACCUUCCACUACCCGUGCGGAAGAGAACGCGGCUGUGUCUCCCAGUUUUUUGGGGAGUACAGGUCCUUCUGCUGGCAGCACCGGCCGACGCAGCAGGUGCAGCCGCUGAGACAGCAGCACCCCCAGUGUGCCAUCUGCUUGGAGGCGGUGCAGGGACGCCCCUGCUACAGGACCCUCAUCUGCCCCUCCUGCACCAGCGCGCAUUUCCACCGCCACUGCAUCCAGGGCCAAGCUCUGCGCGCUGCCCUGCACCACUUCCGCUGCCCGCUCUGCCAGGACAUGCAGACCUUCCAGGCCGAGAUGUUCCGUCUUGGCAUCAAAAUCCCUGACAGGGAUGCAGCCUGGGAGGAAGAAGGAGCCUUCAAUGAGCUCUCCCAGCGGCACAACUCCUGCGAUGCCAGCCUGUGCCUGUGCUCGCUGGGACGGGACUACUCAAACAACACGGGGCCUUGGAGGAUGCUGCUCUGCAGCUCCUGUGCUUCGUGCGGGACUCACCAGCGCUGCUCUGCCAUCCCAGAGGACGCUGAGUCGUGGGAGUGCAGCGGCUGCAGUGGUGUGGGCACCGCCCCUUCCGUGUCAGCCCCGGCGCAGUGAUCCCUGCACAGCACCCCAGCUCCUGGCACUUCGGCUCCAGCACGACAGGCUGCCAUGCUGCAGGGACACCCCGACGCCCAGCUGCCUGCGCAGCCCACAGGAAGCCCCGCGGC